AUGUCUGUUGCGAGCACUAUGACACUCUCCGGAUGGAGAUGGCGACAACACGGCAAAGUCGACGAAGAAUGGCACCAGUGUAUACAUGACAAGCCGACGACGGAGAUUUUCACCGACCUCAUUGAUGCUAAAGUCAUCCCAGAUCCGUUCAUCGAUGAGAAUGAACGCCUUGUGCAGUGGGUCGGCGAGGCCGACUGGGAGUAUGCCUGCGACUUCCAGUAUGAGCCUGACUCAGGUCACUCCCGUCAGGACCUGCUUUUUGCGGGGCUGGAUACCGUGGCAACGGUCUAUCUGAAUGACCAGGACAAGAUUCUGGAGUCGACCAACAUGUUUCAUCGGCACCGCAUCGAUGUUACAGGCAAACUACGCCGCGGUCUGAAUACCCUUCGCAUCGUGUUCAAGAGCGCCCUCCAUUAUGGCCGUGAGUUGGAAAAGACGCAUGGAAGCUAUCGAGCCUUCAGUGGAGAGAAUCCGAGAGUGCAUGUUCGUAAGGCACAGUACCAUUAUGGCUGGGACUGGGGGCCCCUGUUGGUUACUUGCGGACCAUGUGGGGAGAUCAGCCUUGAGACCUAUGCUUCUACGGUGGAAAACGUUUUUGCCGAUGCACAGGUGUCCGAAGAUCUUCGAACUGCGUCUAUGAAAAUCUCUUUUGAUGCCAUUCUGGACAGAGAUGUCACUGCGGAUGUCACCGUCACUGCUCCCAGCGGCCAAGUAUUCCGUUCAAGUGCAGCCCUCAACCUCAGUGCAAAUGAGACCCAAGGUUCGAUUUCACUAGAGAUUCACCAACCAGAGCUCUGGUGCCCUGUGGGUCAUGGCCCUCAGGUCUUCUACCUAGUGGAUGUGGCAAUCGUGGGUCCCGACCAGGUUCCUCUUCACUAUGUCAGAAAACCUGUUGGCAUACGACGUCUGCGUCUGGUCCAGCAACCCUUGAUUGACGAACCAGGCACUUCCUUCUUCAUCGAAGUCAACAACCAGCCUGUGUACUCGUCUGGAAGCAACUGGAUUCCCGGUCAUUCGUUUCUCACCUCCAUGACGGCCAAAGACUAUGCUUCAGCCGUUGACCUGAAAUCAAAACAUGUUACGGAUCUGGGGGGUGGCAUCUAUGAACACGAUGCACUAUAUGAGGAGUGUGACCGACGUGGAAUUCUUGUCUGGCAAGAUUUUGCUUUUGCCUGCGCCCAGUACCCUUGCUAUCCUGAGUUCGCGGCGAGUGUGAAACGAGAAGCCGUGGACCAAGUCAAACGGCUGCGGCAAUACUGUUCUAUCGUCCUCUAUGCCGGUAACAACGAGGACUAUCAAAUCGCCGAGAUGCUCAAUCUGAAAUGGGACCCCGAGGACCAUUCAGGCGACUGGACCAAUACAGACUUUCCAGCGCGGACGCUCUAUGAAACUCACUUGCCCGCCGUGGUUACCGAAUAUUCACCCGGUGUUCCCUACCAUCCGAGCUCACCUUGGGGCGGCAAGGGGACGACAGACAGGACUGUUGGAGAUAUCCAUCAAUGGAAUGUCUGGCACGGCUCGCAGGAGAAGUACCAACUCUGGGACAAGCUCGUCGGUCGGUUCGUCUCUGAAUUCGGCAUGCUUGGCUUCCCGGCUGCCAAGUCUAUCCGUCGUUAUGUGACCGACCCGGCGCAGCGCUAUCCUCAGAGCCGUGUGCUGGAUUUGCACAACAAAGCGGAUGGCGCAGAGCGACGAUUGGCCUUGUACGUUCUGGAGAAUAUUCGAGUGAACUCCUUGGACCUCGACAGCUGGAUUUAUGCCACCCAGCUCAUUCAAGCAGAAUGUCUUGGUUUUGCUGUCCGAAGCUGCCGACGUCAGUGGAAAGGUCCAGGCCGAGAAUACUGUGCUGGACAGCUCGUAUGGCAGAUCAAUGAUUGCUGGCCAGUCUCCAGCUGGGCCAUGGUCGAUUUCUACGGAGAGAAGAAGAUGGCUUACUUCAUGACAAUGCGUGACAGUGCCCCUCUCGCUCUUGGAAUGAGUCGUUCGACACCUGAGCUCAAGAAGCUCAAGUCACCGCCUCCUCAGAUUCUCGCUCCUCCCCAUGACCUUGCUUCAAAGAAAAAUUUCGUUGAUGUGUGGGCCGUGAAUGGGACAUUGAAGGAUUUUUCAGCCCAAAUUGAAGUCCGACUAUAUGAUAUCGCAACCGGUGCUCUGCGCGAGGAAAAGUCAAUGGACGUUCAAACCCUUUUGUCCAACCGCACUACGGAGUUACUGGAAGAUUUGAGCGUCGACGACAAGACCGCCGUCCAGGCAAUCAUGAGGGAUCCUCAGGAUGGUCAUGUCGUUGCCCGCGCAUCGGACUGGCCUCAGCCACUGAAGUAUGUCACUUUGUCUGCAUCUCCAAAUGUCACUGUAUCGGUGCUGGACGGUAAGCUCGAGAUUCGGACAGAUGUGCCUGUUAAGGGUGUCGUAGUUUAUGUUGCCGAUGACCGUGAAGUUGACUUUGGGGACAAUGGAGUUGAUAUCUUCCCGGAUGAUGUGUAUACUAUCUAUGCGCAGGGCUUGGCCAAGGACAACAGGGUGGAAGUGCGGUAUUACGGAUCGGGUUUCUAG